UAUUCUUCUUCAGCUUGAUAUGGUUUUCUUAAGAGCUGUGUUCCUCCUACUGUUUCAGUAUCUGGUUUUUAUUUCUGGGAGUUCAGUUAUAGGUCACCACUACCCCCCUCAUAAGUCUUUGAUCACUGAUAAAGCAGCCCUCCUGGCCUUCAGGACGUGGAUCAUACAUGACCCCACUUCCACUCUAGCUAACUGGAUUGAGGCAGUUGAUGUAUGCAACUUCACUGGUGUUGCUUGUGACCGACACCGUCACCGGGUGACGAAGCUCAGUUUGAUUGAUGUUGGACUUGUGGGAAAAAUUUCACCCUUCCUCUCCAAUCUCACUGGUCUUCGAGUUCUGGAUAUUAUUGACAACAAUUUUUUUGGGGGAAUUCCUUCUGAACUUUUCUCUCUUCGAAAUCUUCACCGCCUUCGCCUUGACAGCAACAAUUUGGAUGGUGCAAUACCAAAUUCCCUCGCUAGUUUGUCCAAACUUACUGUAGUAAGUCUUAUGCAGAACAAGUUAAAUGGCACAGUUCCACCUUCUCUCUUUUCUAAUUGCACUUUGUUGCAUAAUGUAGACCUUUCCAACAACUUCCUGACAGGAGGGAUUCCAAAAGAAGUUGGAAAUUGUCCAAAGCUGUGGAAUCUCAAUCUGUACAACAACCAGUUCAGUGGAGAACUCCCUCUUUCUUUAACAAACACUUCUCUGUAUAACUUGGAUGUCGAAUAUAAUCAUCUUUCUGGGGAACUGCCUUCGGUGCUUGUAGAAAACCUGCCUUCACUUAUCUACCUUCAUUUGUCAAAUAAUGAUAUGGUAAGCCAUGAUGGAAAUAACAAUCUUGAACCGUUCAUUACUUCUCUUGGAAACUGCAGUAGUUUAGAGGAGCUUGAAUUGGCAGGUAUGGGGCUCGGAGGGAGGGUGCCUGAUUCCAUUGGCCGUUUGGGUGUCAAUUUUUCAGUUCUGCUUCUGCAAGAAAACCAAAUAUUUGGAUCAAUUCCUCCAAGUUUAGCCAAGCUUACCAAAUUUGCAGUGCUGAACUUGACAUCGAAUCUUCUUAACGGAACAAUUCCUGCAGAGAUAAGCAAGUUGUCGAAAUUGGAGCAGCUUUUUUUAUCACACAACCUCAUAACUUCAGACAUUCCAGAAGCAUUAGGCGAGUUACGACAUCUUGGUUUGUUGGACCUAUCAUACAACCAACUUUCAGGUGAAAUCCCAGAAAGUAUUGGGAAUUUGACUCAAUUGAACUAUUUGUUUCUCAACAACAACCUCUUGUCAGGAACCAUACCUUCAACUUUAGGAAAGUGUACAGGUAUCCAAAAGCUGGACUUAUCUUUCAACAUGUUGUCAGGAAUCAUUCCUCGAGAUAUAUUAGGCUUGCAAGAGAUAAGAAUUUUCAUUAACCUUUCUCAUAACAAUCUUCAAGGAACCUUACCAAUUGAGCUUAGCAAGCUGAAAAAUGUUCAAGAGAUGGAUCUUUCAUCCAAUAAUCUCACUGGAAGUAUCUUCCCUCAGAUAUCAAGUUGUAUUGCACUGAGGUUGAUAAAUUUUUCAAAUAACUCCCUCCAAGGUCAUCUUCCGGAUUCUCUAGGUGAACUCGAGAACCUUGAAUCCUUUGACAUUUCAAAAAACCAAAUAUCUGGUGUGAUUCCAGCCAGUCUUGGUAAGCUCCAAUCCCUCACCUACCUGAAUCUUUCAUUCAAUAACUUCGAAGGAAUGAUUCCAAGAGGGGGGAUUUUCAAGUCAUCCACAAGUUUGUCGUUUUUGAACAAUCCACUCCUUUGUGGGGCAGUUCCUGGAAUACCAACCUGUCCUGGCAAGAGAAAUCGGUUUCAAUCACCUGUAUUCUUGACUAUAUUCAUCCUAAUCAUAUGCAUAUCAUCGUUCUUAUCAACAAUAUGCUGCGCCAUUGCUUGCCGACGUCUAAAAGUAAUUAUUUCAGCACGAAAUAUUGAGUCAUCAAGGAGAUCAAAGAUGCCAGAUUUUAUGCACAAUUUUCCAAGAAUAACAAGCAGGCAACUAUCAGAAGCUACUGGAGGUUUUGAUGAACAGAGACUAAUUGGGUCAGGUAGCUAUGGACAAGUCUAUAGAGGCGUUCUUCCAGAUGGAACAACAGUAGCCGUCAAAGUUCUGCAUAUGCAAUCUGGAAAUUCCACAAAGAGUUUUAACAGAGAAUGUGAGGUUUUGAAGCGAAUUCGCCAUAGAAACCUUAUAAGAAUUAUAACAGCUUGUAGUCUUCCAGACUUUAAAGCUCUAGUUCUACCAUACAUGGCAAAUGGAAGCUUGGAUAGCCAUCUAUACCCACAUUCGCCAACCAGCUUGGCUUCUGGUUCUUCAGAUUUAAGCCUUGUCCAGAGGGUGAAUAUAUGCAGUGAUAUAGCUGAAGGAAUGGCAUACCUGCAUCAUCACUCUCCAGUCAGAGUCGUUCAUUGUGAUCUAAAGCCAAGCAACGUUCUUCUAAAAGAUGACAUGACAGCUCUUGUUUCUGAUUUUGGGAUCGCGAGGUUAAUGACUCCUGGAGUUGGAAGUAGUGCAGCUGUUGAAAACAUGGGAAAGUCUACUGCAAACAUGUUAAGUGGAUCAAUCGGAUAUAUUGCACCAGAAUACGGGUUUGGUUCAACAGCAUCGAUGAAAGGAGAUGUUUACAGUUUCGGCGUUCUAGCUCUAGAAAUGGUGACAAGAAAAAGGCCAACAGACGACAUGUUUGAUGAUGGGCUAAGUCUACAUAAGUGGGUGAAGAGCCAUUACUACGGCAGAGUAGAAAAAGUAGUGGAUUCUUCUCUACAGAGAGCUUCGAGAGAUCAAUCACCUGAAAUGAAGAAAAUGUGGGAAGUGGCAAUCCGAGAGCUAAUCGAAUUAGGUUUGCUAUGCACUCAAGAAUCUCCAUCCACAAGACCCACCAUGCUCGAUGCUGCGGAUGACUUGGAUCGAUUAAAGAGGUACCUUAAUGGUGGCGACACCACAACAACAUUUGCUUCAUCACUUGGAAUUUCUUCCUCCACUCUUGGCGAUGACUCCCAUUACUCCCCACAGAUCAUCGAUGACAGGAACGUCUGAAAAUGCCCAUUUUCCAUAAUAGCUUUGACUUCUGCAAAGUGUCAAAAUUCCCAAUUGCUCCACUCGAUAUUGGGGUUGGACAAUUAAUCGCGAUUGUGGAGUUCGAAGGUUUCUGCGGCGCCCAAUUGAGUGGAGACUUGUGUGUGUGGCGUGCGUUGGCCACUCGAUCGAUAGUUCAUCCAUCCGUUGACGUGAUUGAGAAGGAGAAUUUUGGGAGAAAUUGUGGGGAUUUCACGACGCCAUGUUAGAGAAAAAGACGUAUAAUUGAAGCCGUGACUAAGUGAAAGGAAAAAAAAAAAAGAUUAGAACAUUUUGAUGAUCCGCAUUCGUUGAAUCUUUAUCUUCUCGGUAUUUUCCUUUCGUUGUCUUCUUCUUCUUGCAUAAACCAACCAGGGGAAGAAAUAAUUAUUUAUGGGAAUGGGAAAUGGCAUUAUGAAUAUAAGAAGCAAGAUAAU